CACAAACAAAUUCAACUCUCUCUCCCUGUUCUUUUUUAGCAAUAUGGCCGACUCUGACAUGCUCUGUACCUGUGAUGCCGCCCCCGGCAACCAGGAGCACCACCACCGCGAGCUCAAGCCCGAGCCGCCUAUCCUCGACAACAUUCUGCAGCACAUUGGCAACACCCCGCUGGUCCGUCUCAACAAGAUCGCCCAGGCCGAGGGUCUUCAGUGCGAGCUGCUCGCAAAGUGCGAGUUCUUUAACGCUGGCGGGUCGGUCAAGGAUCGCAUCGCCUACCGCAUCCUCGAGGAGGCCGAGGCCGAGGGACGUAUCCGGCCGGGCUUUACCAUCAUCGAGGCUACCUCGGGCAACACUGGUAUUGGUCUUGCGCUGUCGUGCGCCGUCAAGGGCUACAAGUGCAUCAUCACUCUGCCCGAGAAGAUGUCCCAGGAGAAGGUCGACGUUCUUCGUGCUCUGGGCGCCCAGAUCAUCCGCACGCCCACUGAGGCCGCGUGGGACUCGCCCGAGUCGCAUAUCAGCGUGGCGAACCGGCUGCACCAGGAGAUCCCGAACUCGAUCAUUCUGGGCCAGUACACGAGCCCGUACAACCCUGUUGCACACUACGACGGCACUGCCGAGGAGAUUCUGCGCGCGUGCAACAACCAGGUCGAUAUGCUGGUUGUUGGUGCCGGUACCGGCGGUACGCUGAGCGGCACAGCGCGCAAGAUCAAGGAGCGGUGCCCCGAGUGCAUCGUCGUUGGCGUUGACCCCGUGGGCUCGAUCCUGGCGCAGCCCGAGAGCCUGAACCAGCAGACCGUUGCAUGUACUAUGUCGAGGGCAUCGGCUACGACUUCAUUCCCUGACACAAUGGACCGCUCGCUGGUCGACCAGUGGAUCAAGAUCACCGAUAAGCCGUCGUUCACCAUGGCGCGCCGCCUGAUCCGCGAGGAGGGCGUCCUGUGCGGUGGCUCUUCGGGCGGUGCUGUGUGGGCGGCGGUCGAGGCUGCUCGCAACCUGGGCCCGGGCAAGCGCGUGGUGACGCUGCUGCCGGACUCGGUGCGCAACUACAUGACCCGGUUCCUCAACGACGACUGGAUGAAGAAGCGCGGGUUCCUGGACGAGGAGGAGGAGCGGAGGAAGGAGGUCGAGCGCAACGAGCACUGGGGCGGGGCCCGCGUCAAGGACCUGAGCCUGAAGCGCGCAGUGGUCAUUGAGAUGAGCAUGCCGGCGCAGGAGGCGGUUGAGCUGAUGAAGAACAACGGAUUCGACCAGCUGCCGGUCAUCACCUCGUCGGGCAUCCUGCGCGGCAUCAUCACCCUGGGCAACGUGCUGUCGCUGGUCACCACCGGCCGCGUGACGGCGGACGCCAAGGUCAAGGACGUGAUGUUCCGGUUCAACACUGCCUCCAGCAAGAAGUUCCGCGAGAUCACGCCCGACACGCCGCUGGCUGAGCUGGACCACUUCUUCGAGUCGAACAUUGCCGGCAUUGUCACCGAGCGCCUGUCGAUUGACGAGGACCGCGUCGCGUUCAAGCCCGUCCACGUCAUCACCGCUGUCGAUCUGCUGACCUACCUGAUGUCCAAGAAGUAAACCGGAAUUUGUAGCCAUAAAUUGCUCCUAAUAUCAGAUGUUGGGUCAAUAGACAUAAACGCUGCUGGCCAAAUUUUAUCAAUGCGGUGGCCCCUCUCCGUCUGUAUCGUCUUGCUAUCGCCAUGAAUGUCGUUCAGAAUAUCAAGCGCCUAAAUGAAGCUGAGGCACGGACGGGGCUGGACCAGACUGCGUCCUGGCACGAGCAGUACAAGGACAGCGCGUAUAUAUUUGUCGGCGGGCUCCCCUUCGAUCUGACCGAAGGCGAUGUCAUAUGUGUGUUCUCGCAGUACGG